UUUGCAUUUUAAUACCAUCUUAAAUGACAUUUUCUACUUUAUAGGGCCUGUAACACCUCGAGAACCAGAAAUUACAGAACUUCCCAGGAGGAUUUACUCUAUUGGCUCAUUGUUUUUUGCCCGCAGACUCAGUUACCGGGGCUAAAAGUGUCCUGACCCGGAUGAUGCGCCUGGCCCAGCGGUACCUCUUGGACCCAAUGGGUAGACAGAGGGCUGAAGUGAAGGCUUCUCAAGCACAGGCCAAGCCCAGACAGCGUAGUCCUGCAGCUGGACGAGUGUUCAGGAGUCGGACCUCAGCUUCACUAACACAAGCUCAGAUCAGAUCCAGGAGGCGGAGCCAGCAGAGAGGUGGGGCACCGCAGCCAGUAGUGCAGGGGAGCAGUGGUGAUGUCACCGUGACCCCUGUCACUGUGACAGAUACAGCUGGGAGAACUGACAGAUCAGAGCAAAACUUCAAGAGGACGGGUACAGGACCUGUUGGCAAGGUGGCCAUUCGCCGUAGCAACCACAGCCUCGUCCAGCCUAUCAGAGUCAAGUCUCUCCGUCUUCUACGAGGCGGCAAGAACCCGCUGAGACAGACCACUCCCUCUUCCUCUAUCCUCCCCUUGUCCCUCCGUUCCUCUACCCUUCCUACAUCCUUCUCCAUCCCGUCUCCAAGUCCUCCAUCAUCCAGUGCUCCUCAAUGCAGGGAUCAGCGAAAGCAGCAAGACACACCCACGACAGCUCUCAUCAAGGAGUUGUCUUCCAGACAUCAAACCAGCGUCCCAUUCAGGAACGGCAGAGAGUCCAAGCUGAUCUGACACUGAAGAAGGGAGAGGAAGAUCGGGAAGUUAUAUAAUGCACUAAAUGGUAACAUUACAUAUGAAAUCACAGGUGAUCUUGUUUGGUCUUGGACCAAAUGGGUAACUAACUCCCAUAAGAACCCAGUUCUAUUCCUCCUGUGUAGGGUCCAUACAGCAAACUGCAGACCUGGUUAGGUCCUUUAGAGCUGUAAAACCAGAGUAGUAGUCGAGAGUAUCUUUAUACUGCUUAUGUUUUGAAUUGUAUGAGUGUUGGCGUGCAUUCACACGUGCAUGUGCAUGUAGCCAAGAUCUAUUUUGAUACUAUUUCGCUGGUGUUGUUCAUUUUUCCAGUUGACCCAUGAAAGCUUAACCAUGACUCUGUUUUUAUUGUUUUACACAGUUGGCACUAAUAAAAUAUUGAUAUUCUUUUUAAUGGUGACUUGUUAUUUAUUUAGGAGGAUGUCUGUCUGAGCUGUCGGGCCGCUGUGCUUAAAGUGUGGUAGCAUCCCUGUGUGCGUUUCUGUGUUUCUCAAUAGGGAGCUACAGGA